CGCACAGUGACUUGCGUACGAGGUAGGAGGCUUCCACCCAUUUUUUGUGAACAAUUUUUGUAAAAUUUUGCUAAUUUUCCGAUACAUUUCUCAUUUAGUUCGCACAAAUCCGUUAUAAAAAGAUCCAUCAUGUCCGAAGAGGCAACAGUGACCACUCCUGAGGAAUUGGAGAACGAGAACGAAUCAUCGUAUAAACCACCGCCGGAAAAGACCAUUGAAGAAAUCUUGCAAAUUGAUCAGGAAGAUGAGAGUCUUCGGAAAUACAAAGAGGCCCUUUUGGGACAGGCUCAAGCUGGUGCAGUCAUAGUCGAACCGGACAAUCCAAAGAAAGUUAUCGUGAAAAGGUUGGUUCUGGUGGCGCAGGACAGACCGGAAGUCGCCCUUGAACUGACUGGUGACAUUUCAAAGUUGAAAAAGGAGACGUUCGUCAUUAAGGAAGGAGUGUCGUACAAAAUCAGGAUCGAGUUUAUCGUUCAAAGGGAAAUCGUCCACGGACUCAAGUACAUACAAAAGACGAGCAAAAUGGGUCUGACAGUGGACAAAAUGGUACAUAUGGUGGGCUCGUAUGCCCCGAAGUCGGAGAUUCAAUCGUACACCACCCCGGCUGAAGACGCGCCCCACGGAAUGAUGGCACGCGGAAGCUACUCGGUGCAAUCCUUGUUCACCGACGAUGACAAGAACGAGCACCUUAAAUGGGAUUGGACGUUUGAGAUCAAGAAGGAUUGGAAAAAUUAAUUUAAGGUAAACCUGGAACCAAGUAUUAUCAAAAUAUCCAAAGCGUCAUUUUAUACCUACAUAUACAAAAAAACCUUUUGAAAAGUAUUUACAAGAGCCUUUUUGAACAUAUACUGAUAUUCCUAUUGGUACGGACCGCCUUAAAUCAUCUAGCUCAUUAAUUUUUUAAGUAGUCACUUAAGAUUUAAGUUUAUAUUUUGUAAGUCAUAUAUACCUACUAUAUUCUUAUACCAAACCUUGCAAAGUGUUUGUAUUAUCGAGUUACAAGACGAAGUACGUACAAUAAUUAAGCAAUAAUAUUCUGGUUUUCAUUUUUUAGCAGUUUUAUGCCAAUACAUUUUGUGUUUUUUGGAUUUUGCUCAAUUAUGCAAUAUUAUUAUUUUAACCAGAAUGUUUGUUUUUAAAACCUGUAAUAUUGCUUUUUGAAUUAAAAGUUUGUCCCCUCAA